AUGAAAAGAUCAUAUAAAACCCUUCCAACAUAUUUUUUUUCCUUCUUUGGUCCCUUCAAGGAAAGAGCGGUCUUUCUUCUUGUUCUAUAA